UUCUCUUUCUUCCCCAAACCGAAUUUCUUACUUGGCUUCGUCAAAACUUCAGACUGAGCUUCAAUGGCAGCUGCUACUCUCGCCUGCAACAAUUUCCCCCAAAUCAAACUCCUCUUCUCACCCUACAAAAAUUCCCCACACUGUAUCCCUCACAUUUUCCCGAUUCACAAAACGCGCCGCCCCUCGACUUCGCGGCGCGUGACGAGUAAUCGCGAUUCGUACGCCCAAAUCGGGAACCCUAGAAGCAGCGGUUACAGCAAUAGCACCACAUUCCGGAAGCUCGACACCUGUCUGGUAAUACCCCCUCCUAAUGGCAGAAAGCCCAAGGCACUAAUCAAAUUCCUCGGCGGCGCUUUCAUCGGAGCCGUGCCGGAAGUUACUUACAGUUACUUAAUUGGAUUGUUGGCAAAUGAAGGGUACUUGAUUAUAUGCGUGCCGUACAAUGUUACAUUUGAUCACGAACGAGUUUCUCGGGAGAUAUACGAGCGGUUCCACUCGUGUUUGGAUUCUGUUUUGACCACCGGAUUGCCGGAGAACGGUAUUUCCGCCCCUGAGAUAGCCGAUCUUCCGUUUUACUCCGUUGGGCACAGUAACGGUGCGCUUCUGCAAGUGCUUACGGGCAGUUAUUUCUGCGACAGGAUUCCAAAGGCUAAUGCAAUCAUAUCGUACAACAACAGACCGGCAUCCGAGGCGGUACCGUACUUUGAGCAGUUGGGUCCACUCGUCAACCAGAUGAUGCCGGUUAUCGAGACAUCCCCUAUGUAUUCGAUGGCUCAGAACUUCUCAGUAGAUGGAUGGAAAUCGCUCGUAGAUAUAGCGGAAAGAGUUAUUCCAGACUAUGAUCAGGAAGCUACUGCGUCUUUGACCAAAUUCGUUGACCAAUUGCCCUCGGUAUUUAAUCAGGUUGCAGAAGGGACUUCAGAGUUCAAGCCGACACCUGCAGAGAAUCUUGAAUGUUUUAACAAGUUAUAUAAUGUUCGACGCACUCUAUUGGUUAAAUUUGAUUCGGACACUAUUGACGAGACAGAUGUUCUUGAAAAGACACUAAAGCCGCGCAUUGAAUCUUUUGGUGGGAAACUCGAGAAAGUUGUUUUACGUGGUAACCAUAUAACACCGUGCAUACAGGAGCCGCGGUGGCAAGUGGGAGCUGUAUACACUCCAGCAGAUGCUAUUGCUCAAGGAUUUAAAGCUAUUUCCCUAAACGACACCAGAACUCUUUCUAGAACCAUCAGUGACUGGUUUGACAACCUCGAAUAAUAAUUCGUUCGGAAGGGUAGGAUCGGGUUUUCGGCUUCCCUUGUCUUAACGGUUCGUCAUUUCUGUUAAAAAAAUUUAUAUGAUUGGGAAACAGUAAUUCAUCUACAUAGUGUUAGAUUGUAAGAAGAAAGAAAGCAGCAUGUUAUACUCGUCUGCGGUUCGUUCUCAUCUGUAUAUUUUCAGUCUUGAUAUGUGUAAUCAAGAAAAUGAAAUUACUAUAUCGACUGUGUCCUAUAAUGUAAUACAUUGCUCAGUUUACAUUGCUGUCUGUCUAUAAUUGAUUUCAAUACGAAAGUCGAGUAUUC